UCUUUCACGCAAGCUUCGUUAUCUACGCUGGGAUGGAUACCCUUUAAACUCUAUGCCUUCAAGAUUUCAUCCGGAGUUUCUUGUUGAACUUUGUAUGAGUAAUAGCCAUCUCCACUAUCUUUGGAAUGGAAUCCAGCCUCUUAGGAUACUGAAGAAGAUGGAUCUCUCUCGUUGUCAGUACCUAAUGGAAGUUCCGGAUCUGUUAAAAGCCACAAACUUUGAGGAGCUAAACCUUUUCUAUUGCCAAAGCUUAACUGAGGUUACUCCAUCUAUCAAAAAUCUUCAGAAACUUUAUUGUUUGUACUUGACUAAUUGCAUCAAACUCGAGAAGAUUCCAAGUGGAAUCGCUUUGCAGUCUCUUGAAACAGUUGGAAUGAAUGGAUGCUCAAGCGUAAUGCAUUUUCCAGAGUUUUCUUGGAAAACCAAAAGACUCUAUAUGAGCAGUACAAAGAUAGAGGAACUGCCAUCAUCGAUCAGCCGUCUCUCUAGUCUGGUUGAAUUGGAUAUGUCAGAUUGCCAGAGUAUCAGGACCCUUCCGAGUUCUGUAAGGCACUUGGUGACACUUAAAUCCAUGAAUUUGGACGGCUGCAAACAUCUUGAGAACCUCCCAGACUCAUUACAGAGCCUCACAUCUCUUGAAACUCUUGAAGUGUCUGGUUGCCUUAAUAUGAACGAGUUCCCUCUUGUUGCCAAGAAUAUAGAAGUUCUGCGUAUAUCUGAGACUUCAGUUAAAGAAAUCCCUGCAAGAAUCUGUGAUCUCUCUCAGCUUAGAUACUUGAGUAUUUCAGGAAAUAAAAGACUUAGAUCACUUCCGGUAAGCAUUUCUGAGUUGAGAUCACUUGAAAAGCUCAAGGUUUCUGGCUGUUCUGUACUUGAGAGCCUUCCGCCAGAGAUUUGUGAGACAAUGAGCUGCCUGAGGUGGCUUGAUUUGGAAAGGACCAGCAUCAAAGAACUGCCUGAAAACAUUGGUAAUUUGAUAGCUGAUAGUGCUCAAAUUACCCAGUAGAGCUUACUCUCUCAAAUAAGAGGUACAGCUGUAGUAUUUAGGGAUCGAAUCACGAGGAGCUAUGGAACCAAUUAAAUAAAAUCUACUAAUCAAUCCUAGGCAAGGUUGGUUUAUAUGAUGGAAA